CACUCAACCUCAAACCCACCACCACUACACCACACCACCAACCCACCAUCCACCAUCACCUUCCAACCUCCCACAAAUCGCCCAUGUCCUCCACCGCCGUGCACGCGCCUCACCAUCUCCCCACCUCAUACCACCCUCCCAGCAUCAGCAGCACCAGCCGAUCCAGCGCCUCACGCCCCAUCCCCCCCGCCGCGCCCUCCCCCCCGACACACCCCUCCCCCUCCCCCUCUCCCGCACCGCUCCCGGCAUCGACAAUGGCGAACACAAACGGACAAUGGCUCUUCAGCGCGUCGGAGAUUGCGAAUUCGCCGAGCGUGGCGGCGGGGCUGACGCCGGCGGAGGAAAGGGCGAGGAGAGCGAAGGGGGUUAAUUUUAUUGUGCAGGCGGGGAUGCUGUUGAAGGUGCCGCAGGUGACGUUGGGGAGUGCGGCGGUGUUUUUUCAGAGGUUUUAUAUGAGGGUUGGGAUGGUGGGGGAGAGGGGGGUGCAUCAUUAUAACAUCGCAGCCACCAGCCUCUUCCUCGCCACCAAAGCCGAAGAAAACUGCCGCAAAACCAAAGAAAUCGUCAUCGCCGUCGCCAAAGUCGCCCAGAAGAACGCCAACCUCGUCAUCGACGAGCAAUCCAAGGAGUUCUGGCGGUGGAAAGACUCGAUCCUGCUCUACGAAGAGACGAUGCUCGAACUCCUCACCUUCGACGUCGUUCUCGAGAGCCCGUAUAGCCAUCUCCAGAGUAUACUUGGACAGUUGGGGUUGGAGCAUGAUAAGGCGCUUAGGAAUAUUGCCUGGGCGUUUUUGAAUGAUAGUCAGAUGACGACGAUGUGUUUGCGCAUGGGACCGAGGGAUGUGGCUGUCGCGGCAGUGUAUUUUGCUGCUAGGUAUAAUGGGGAGAAGAUCCCGGAUGAAGGGGGAAGACCGUGGUGGGUCAGGGCUGGGGGGGACGAAGAGAGGAUUGCAGAGGCGGUAGCGGUGGUGCAGGAGUUUUAUGCUGAGAACCCCCUUGGGAGGACCGAUUUACCCCUAGAGGGCAGUCCGGGUGGAAGUCCGGGGGAGCUGGAGGCGACGAGGGAGAGGGGCGGCGAGAGCCCGGAGAGUGUGAAGGAACGGGGUGGAGAGGCCGAGGAGGGGAGGUCGAGGUCGCCAAUUGAAAGGGAUGUAGCCGCAGGGGACGACGACGCGGUGUUGAAGAGGGUAGCUAACGACCCCGCGACACAUGAGAGGGGUGAUGAGGCUAUAGCGUCGAUAGAGGGCGUCCCGCCGAAGAGGAAGGAGAGUAUAGUCGACCCCGACACUGAAGAGAGGGACUCGAAAAGGAUUAAAUCCGGGGACAAGGAAGAGGGAGAGGAGAGCGAGGAGGGGGAGGUGGAGGAGUAGCGGUGCUUACUGCUUGUUGUUUGGUUGUUGGAUGGCUAGGGGGUGGGGGAUGGAUGGCGUACAUCACUUGUGGCGUUUUUUUUUGCUGGCUGGCUUAUCACUUGUGUAAAUUACUAGGGAGCAAACGGGGGGACUGAGGGAAGGAGGCAUCUUCUGAAUCACCCACCGUGGGAAAACUGGGAGGGUGGGAGAGUGGCGGUGCCCACAUUUGUACUAUCUGCUCCAUUGAUGGAAUGAUAAUGUUAAUUCCGAGAUAACGACUUUGAGCCACAAACGGGCCACACACAAAUCGAAGACUUUCAAAAAC